GGUACCUCGGCGCCGCGAAAACCAAUCACAAACGCAGGGGGCGGGUCGUCUUUGGAACGUUGUGUAUGUUAAAAAUGGACAAUUUAUCGCAGAUAUCCAAAUUCCGGUAUUGCAGGAUAACGUGUGCGUGCAUGCGGAGGUGAUUUGCAAAUGCUUGGCCGAGGAGUGAAAAGGAAAUUGCCUGAGAGGGGAACUGCGCUUUGUUUUGCUCCCCUCGGUGAGGGUGAGUUCUCUGUCGGGAGAAAGCAGGCGGAGCGCACUGGAGGUGUCGGCAGCCCUACCCGGAGAUAGACUAUUAUGUCUGUAUUUUGUCUUUUCAAUAGCCUAUAUCAAUGACUGCAUGUUGCACUCCGGAAGUAAUAGGAUUAUUCUCAAUCACAUAAAACUGUAUAUGGACAAGUGUUUAUAGACAGAGUGGUGAUCCUGCAUGUGAUGUCGUGCUCAGUGUCCAAGGGCAUUGUGCCUACUGUUCAAUAUUAAUUUCAUAAGGGAAUGAGCAUAGCAUAGCCUACGGAGUCCGCAGGCUCGGGUCAGUCCCAUACUGUCACUGUUGACAUUCUACGAGUAGCCUAUGAACCCAACCGAUGGCAGCGCAUUUAAAUGCUUGGUCUAUUUGUAGCCACAACGAUUGUUUAUUUCCCCUAUGCAUUGUUUCUAUAGCUUCUACCGAAUUGUAUCAACGCCCUCGACACACUCAUGCUCAGAUUAAGGGAGUGCAAUACGGGAAUGAUAGACACCAGGGAUAGGCUGUAGUCUAUUUCUCAUAUAGGCUAACCUAUACUGCUGGCACGAUGAAUAUUCAAAGAGAGUGAAUCAUAUUAAAUAAUUUGUUAAUUUCCUUGCUGCAGAGAAAGCGUGCGGUUUAAUGUGGCUCCAGGUAGGGCGAACACCCAAGUUAUGCCACUGUGGAGACGGAGAAAACUGUCAUUGUAAUCGCAGACAUGGGCGGAGGGAAUCGCCGUGGUGAUUAUUAUUUUUAUGGACGCGCCCGGUGUGUAUGUUUGCGCGUGUCAGUCGUGUAACACAAUCAUGUAAUAGAGUUCGUAAAUCGAGAGGACAGUCAGUGCGAAGUGCCUCAACGACAUCGGGGUAUUGAUCUACCCUGUACGCAAACACAACGUGCCGCUGUAGCUAGAGGAGCGUCAAGAGAACAGAGGCGAGCAAGCAAUGACAGAUUUUGUUGACAACUAUUGCUGACAAAUCACGAAGAUUACCGACAAGGACUUACUUUUGAAAGUGGAUGAGACUGUCUGCCCGUCAUUUCCGUAGGACCACAAUAAGUACAGGAGAGACCCGGGAGACAGCGGGCGCCAUGAGGAGGCGAGGAGGGCUUGAGAGAGAGGAGACAUCGCCCUUCAUCAUCCUCAGCAUCGGGCAGCGCAGGAAGUGCACAUACGCGCCACAGCGCCACAGCACCCGAAUCUGAGAGAGAGACGAGAGAGAGAAACAGGAGAAAGUGGCUUCAACAUCCAUUUAUUUAUCCUCAAUGGGCUCAAACUGGAUGGGACCAGACUUGGAAGCGACGAUGUCCAAGUUACCACACCGUUCUAUAUUGGAUCCUCCUUGUUAGGCCUUCGAAACAACUCGCCCACCGCUGUGAGGCUUAUAACUGAGGGGCAGAGAGUGAGAAGGAGAGAGAGAGAAAAAGAGAGAGAAGGAGAGACACUCUGGGCCCCAUGCAGGCGCGUAAGAAGUAUGUCCUGCUGGGGCUGUGUGCUUGCUGCUGGCUGCUGCUUUUCUACUGGAGCGGCGGGGUCCAGGUCCGUCUCCUCAAGCUGCUGGGGCAGCAGAGGGGCGAGGUGGUGCGUCCCUGGCCCAACUGGACCGACCGGGCCCUCCUGCCGGGCUAUGCCCAGCUGGAGGAACUCCAGACGGGGCUGGGUUCCACCGAGUCCCUCCAGCAGCGUCACCAAGCCUGGACGGGCAUCUAUAAAGACAGUCGCUGCCGCAUGGAGACCUGCUUCGACUUUACAAGAUGUCGACGUAGAGGGCGUGACGGGUUUAGAGUGUACGUCUACCCGUCGGAGAAGGGCGAGCGCUUGUCGGAGAGCUAUCGUAAGAUUCUGACGUCUAUAGGCGAGUCGCGGUACUACACCACGGACCCUCGCGAGGCGUGUCUCUUCGUUUUGGGGAUUGACACUCUGGACCGCGACCAGCUCUCGGGGCAGUUCGUGCCCAACCUAGACGAUCGUAUCAAAGGUUACCCGCUCUGGAACGAGGGCCGGAACCACCUUAUCUUUAACCUGUACUCGGGCACCUGGCCCAACUACACCGAGGACCUGGGCUUCAACAUCGGCCAGGCCAUCCUGGCUAAAGCCAGCAUCAACACAGAACACUUCAGGCCCGGGUUCGACGUCUCCAUCCCCCUGUUCUCCAAGGAGCACCCCCUGAAGGGGGGCGAGAGGGGCUGGUUGGUGCGAAACACGGUGCCCCCACGCAGGAAGUACCUAUUGAUGUUCAAAGGGAAGCGGUAUCUAACGGGCAUCGGCUCGGACACCCGUAAUGCCCUGCAUCACAUCCAUAAUGGGAAGGACAUCGUGUCCCUCACCACAUGCCGUCACGGGAAGGACUGGGAGAAACACAAAGACGCCCGCUGUGACCAUGACAACCUGGAGUAUGAGAGGUUUGACUACCAGGAGCUGCUCCACAACUCCACCUUCUGCCUGGUUCCUCGGGGUCGUCGCCUGGGCUCCUUUCGCUUCCUAGAGUCUCUACAGGCAGCGUGUAUUCCAGUGUUGCUUAGUAAUGGUUGGGAGCUGCCCUUCUCUGAUGUCAUCCAGUGGAACCAGGCUGUCAUAGAAGGAGAUGAGAGAUUGCUACUGCAGGUCCCGUCUACGGUGCGUGCGGUGGGAAAUGAGCGGGUCCUAGCUCUGAGGCAGCGGACCCAGAUGCUGUGGGAGGCCUACUUCUCCUCCGUAGACAAGAUAGUCCUCACCACACUGGAGAUAAUCAAGGACCGGGUGUUCUCCCACGUCUCCAGAAAUAAGUACAUGUGGAACUCCUUACCAGGAGGCCUGCUUGUCCUGCCAGAGUACUCCACUCACUUGGCCCACUUCCCCUUCUACUACCUGAGCCUAGGGGUCAGUCCAGGUCAAGAGUUCACCGCCAUCAUCCAUGCCGUCUCCCCAUUGGUCUCCCAGUCUCAGCCAAUCAUGAAGCUGCUUCAGGUGGUCUCCAAGUCCAAAUACUGUACACAGAUCAUCAUCCUGUGGAACAGUGAGAAGCCGCCGCCCCACAGGAGUAAAUGGCCCCCCAUGCCUGUCCCCCUCACUGUGACAGACGGCAGGAGGAAGACGAGCAGUCGUUUCCUGCCCAACGUGGCCAUAGAGACAGAGGCAGUGCUGAGUCUGGAUGAAGAUACAGUCCUGCUGACCAGUGAGGUGAACUUUGCCUUCUUGGUGUGGAGGAGUUUUCCUGAGCGCAUCGUGGGCUACCCCCCCAGGAGUCACUUCUGGGACCCAGUGAAGCAUGCGUGGGGGUACACCUCCAAGUGGACUAACGAGUACUCCAUCGUUCUGACGGGAGCAGCCUUCUACCACAGGUACUAUCACUACCUGUUCUCCCACUACCUGCCCCCCUCACUGCGGGCACUGGUGGACCGCACCUCCAACUGUGAGGACAUCCUCAUGAACUUCCUGGUUUCCUCCGUCACCCACCUGCCGCCAAUCAAAGUGGCCCAGAGGAAGCAGUACAAGGAGCUGCCCAGCUCACAGGGUACGAAGAUGAGCGCUCCGUGGGCCAACCCAGAGCACUUUACCCAGAGACAGGAGUGUGUGAACAGCUUUGCCAGAUGGUUCGGCUACAUGCCCCUGGUCCACUCCCAGUUCCGCCUGGACCCCCUGCUCUUCAAGGACCAGGUGUCUGUCCUGCGCAAGAAGUACAAGGACCUGGAACGUGCCUGACGGGGACCGACAGACUGAGAGGGAAACACUGUGUGGAGGCCUGGUCUGGUGGUUCAAUGUAGAAAGACAGACAUGGGUGGACUGAUCUGAUGAUAAAAGAAAUAGGAAGGGGACCUAAAGCUAAGAGAGACUCCGCCUCCAGGGGUCUGAGACAACGGGCUAUUGGAGGAGAUAACAUAUGGAGGAGGCCUUAUGUCCCCUGUGAUUGGUUCUCCAUUGAUAAUGGAUGGGUGAAUGAACACUUGUUGAAGAUGUCACUCACUCCCAUUGCUGUUUGAAUGGAGAGGAACAGUAUUUCAUAUCGAAGGAAGGCGCCAAGAGGACAGUUAAUGGUGCAGUGCACUCCAGCACAUCUGCGAGUUGGGAAUGUCGCAAAGCGAUUGGUUCAUUUCACAUCACGUAAGUCGCUCUGGAUAAGAGCGUCUGCUAAAUGACGUAAAUGUAAAUGUAACUAAGACCAAUAAAAACAGUGCAAACGGUGGUAUUCAA